AUGUCGCAAGGAUCUGUACAAAAUUCCUGGAAGCUGAAAAUGUCCCAGUUCUUCAAUGGCCUGUAUACUCAGCAGCCAUGUCACCCGUUGAGUAUGUUUGGGAUGCUCUGUAUCGACGUUAUCAGACGCUAUGUGAUUGUGAUGUCCAUGACCAUCUUCCUGAUGCUGCUGAGUCUGAUGACCCACUUCCUCACCUCCAGGAGAGUAAUGCUGUGGAGGACAUUUGCUUUAAUCGCCAGCGUGGCGGUGUGGGUGGUGACCUUUGUGGUCAUUUUCCCAAUCCUCUAUUUCAACUACGGCAAGGAAGUCCAUGAAGACACAAGCAAAAUGGCCUCCAAUGACUCUCACUGUUUCCAAUUCGGCAGCCACCUGAAAAAUCACUCUGGCGUGAAAAAGCUGAACUACAUCAUGAGCUCUGUGAUCGUUAUCGUGGUCUGUGUGCAGACAGCACUGCAGUGUCACGUCAUGAGCCUUCUGACCAGGAAGUACGAGCUAGACUGCAUGCUUCACCAGGAAUUCACCAGCAAUUCACCAGGAAUUCACCAGGAAUUCUGGGCUCAGCUGAAGAGCCUGUGUUUUGCUGUGGUGCUGCUGGUGUGUUUCAUGCCCUAUCAAAUGUUCAGGAUUUACUACCUGGAACACCUGCAGCAGCUGGAGCACACUAACGAGGUGUUCCUCAGUCUCACGGCCCUCAGAUGUCUCGACAUGUUUACUUUCCUAGAGAGGGGACACUGCUAUAUGUGUGACCUCUUCUCACAUUACCAAAACCUCGCUGUAAUAUUGCUUCCCUUUUAA